CCGAACUUUCGCUCUUCUUGGUUCAGCACUAAAUUUUCUUUUCCCCAUGAACCCUGGAUGAAGUCUUGUUGCAGAAAGUUCUACUUAUAAAACUUUUGUACAAACUAGAUCGAUAUAUAACAAUGAGUGAGGUAGUUCAUGGUUCUACAACAAAACGAAUGCAUGCGGUAGGUAUGGAUUAACAAAGUUUAUUCAUAUAUACAUUUGUCACUUAGCUGCACUGAAAAAAGUUAAGAAAAAUAUCAGAAAGCACUAUGAUGAUGAGAAAGCUCAUGAAGUUCACAAAGUAUUAUCAAGAAAACUGUUCAGAAGUUUGGUGGAGAUAUUCGAUUUGAUUUCAUAUCCAUAUGAACAAAUACCAGAUGAAGAGACAAAUUUAGUCGGUGUCAUCGAUGAAGUGUUAAUAGCAUUACAUAAUGGUCCAUUGGCUAUCGAUUCGUUAGAUGUAGAGGCAAAUGAAUUAGUACAGAUACUUACUUCUCCUAUAUGGCGUGGUUUUGCUAAUGCUUAUACUGAAGUAGCAACGAAACACUUUGAUAUGCCUGAGUUACCUGAGAUCGCGUUCAAUAUGUCGGGAUUAGGUGGUACUUAUACAACCUUGGGAAGUUUAAUGGCUAGUAAAAUAUCUAAUAUGCAUAUACCUACUAAAAGUUAUGGAGAUAUAACUGUUAAAGAUGAUCGUAAUGGAAUUACAAAUGACCCUUAUGCUUCAAGAUCUAUUAUUUAUGGUAUCGGUAGUGAUAAAGGUUAUAUUGAUUUGAGAAAAAAUGAAGCUACACUUACUGGAGGUGGCGAAGGACCGGCACUGCCACCUGUUGAAGGUGCAGUUAAAAUGGUUGGAAUUCAAAAGAAUUAUGGAGAAGAUUUGGGUAUCACAGUAGUUCAACAACAAUAUAUGUCUGCACAUUAUGGUUUAGUAAAAGAACUAGUCAUCAAGCGUAUUUUAGCAGCAUCUCAUGUUGAACAACUUGAUCUACUCCAUGAAGGUGAUGUCAUUCGUGAAGUAAAUGGUGUAGCAGUUGAUAAUCCUGAAGUAUUACAAAAAGUAUUAAAAAAUGCAUCAGGCAACGUCACUUUAAAAAUUAUUCCUGGCUAUCAGUCAACACCACUUUCAUCCCAACUUUUCCUUAGAGCUCAUUUUUCUUAUGAUCCAAAAAAUGAUAAUUUAAUUCCAUGUAAAGAAGCUGGUUUAGCAUUUUCAGCUGGUUCUAUUCUUCAAGUACUCAAACAAGAAGAUCCUUAUUGGUGGCAGGCAAGACAUCAUAAUCAAGAUGGUCGUGCCGGUCUCAUUCCAUCAGUUGUUUUACAAGAAAGACGUAAAGCAUUUAUACAAAGUGCUCCAAAUCCAGAUGACUUAACGUAUAAAAUGUUUGCCUGUGGACUUGCUAGACGUAGAAAGAAAAAGGUGACUAUACCAUUUUGUGCAAGAGAUGCUGACAAUUAUGAUACAAAAGACCUUGUAAUUUAUGAAGAAGUUGCUAUGGUAUCAGGUUUUCAACGUCCUGUUGUUUGUUUAAUUGGUGCACCUGGUGUUGGUCGUCGAAGUCUACGAAAUAUGUUAAUUCGUGCUAAUAGAGAAAGAUAUGCAUCAGCUGUUGCACACACAUCAAAAGAAUUAGAGCCUGGAGAAGAAGAUGACGGUGAAUUUAUUGUUGAACCAAAGGCUAAAAUGGAAAUGGAGAAUUUAAAAAAUAAAUAUUUUGAAUUUGGUGAAUAUGAAGACAAUUUCUAUGGAACCAAGUAUGAUAGUAUACGUGAAGUUAUCAAUGCAGGACGUACAUGUCUACUUGAUUGUUCUGCGCAUUCUGUAGCGAAAUUAAGAAAUUCUGAAUUUAUGCCAUAUGUAGUAUUUUUAGCUGCUCCAUCUGUUAGUUGUAUGAAAGCAAUGUAUGAAUACGGAAUGAGUAUGGGAUUUACUGAGAAAUGGAAAAGAGAUGAAUCAUUUCGUAAAACCCUUGAAACUAGUACAUUUAUUGAAAGUAAUUAUCGUUACUUAAUGGAUUUAAUUUUAUUAUGUGAUAAUAUUGAAACAACUUUUGAACAACUGAAUUAUCAUUUAAACAAUCUAUUAACAGAACCUCAAUGGGUACCAGCGAAAUGGUUGUAUUAACUAACAACAUUAAAAACACUAAACUGGAUUGAUUGAUUGUAUUGCUGCAAUAUAUUAUGGUAUAACACUAAUAAUUCAUUUUGAAAUGCAUCUUUAUUUGCUCAAUCAAUAAUUAAUAUAUUAUAUUUAUAUAUGUACAUAAUGACAGCUUUUUCUAAUAAGAAAUUAUUUUCCAAAUUGUUAUUUAAUUAGUUUUAUUGUCAAAAAAAAUUUGAUUUUAUACUUUUUUUUAGACUAUUCAUCAAUUAAUUGUUCUCCUCUUUAUUUGCUCUUCCUUGUCUAAUUUUGUGUUUAUUAUUUUUAUUACUAAAUGAAAUUAUACCUCUAAUGUAAAGUUUUUGAAAAAAGAGGAGUAAUCUCAGGUAUCCAUUUGCUUAACAUUUUUCUUAUUUGAUUUAAUAUAAAUAAUAGUAUGAAA